AUGGAAAGCAGUUCCAAGCGCAAGGCUAAGGAGCCCGCCGAUAGCACUUCCACCACAAAGCGCCAGAGGGUUGAAGAGCUGAUCCAGAACACCAACAAGGAGCUGGAGGCACAGAUUGCCUCUGAAGAGGCACAAGUUGCCAAAAAAGAGGCGAAAAUUGCCAACAUGAAGGAGAACAAGAAGCAGAUCACGGAUCUUCUCAGCACCUUCUUGGGUGACGACGUCGAAGAUCGCAUGGGCCCCAACAACAUCAAUCCUAGACAGAACGUCAUAGAUGAUCCCGCUCGAUCGCAUGGAACAGCUGCAGCGGGUACUCCACCAGCAUCAUCGAUCCCCGUAGCUCCUGUCGUUGCCACCGCUCAGGGCACAAAGAAGCGCAGACCUCUAGGCAGGGCCUGGCGACUAUCCAGCCCCGAGUCGUCACUGUCACUGUCGGAUGACGAGUAA